AGAGCUGCACUAACAGUCAGGAGGAAACUGCUCGGGACAACAAGCGGCUAGCAUCACAGUUCUCAAUGAAGCAGUUCAAUGUUGAGGACGGGACGUUAACGAAACUCGUAGAGUGAUUCCUACUCCAGUGAGGACGCUAGAAACUAAAAGGUCAAACGUUUCUUUGAGUGCGGCGAGGAUGUCUGUCCCAGCAGGAGAGGGAUGAAAAUGACACAACUGUUGUGGCGAAGUGUGUCAGUGUGGCUAUGUAUAGCUGUACUCUUUUGGGAUCUUAGUUACUAUGUUGGAUCUACUGAGCUGCAGCCAGAUGCUCAGAAGCAAUGGUCCCUUGAGGAAAUCAAAAACCAGCAGUCGGGAGAUGAGAACCCAGAUGAGAAGAAGGACGAUAAGCUUAUUCUACCUCCACCGGACCUAUCAGAGGACGGGAAACCGGCUGGAGAUUAUCGCCAUAACAAAGAACAGUUGACACAAGGCGUGGAAUAUAAGCAGGUCCUUGAAUCAGAUCUGCCUGCUGCAGCGGCAGAGCUGAAGGAAGAAGAAAGAAAUCCGCAACCCGAGAAAAGCUCCGAACAUCAACAUGCAGAAGCAUCUGUAUCUCAAGAGCUGGACUCUGAAGCGCCUCAACCUUCCACAGACUCGCUCUCCGCUAUUUCUGCUCCAUAUAAAGACGACCCCAGUGUGAACAAUGUUGUAGAGGAUGUCACAAACAGAGAUGGAUCUGAAGCAGCUGCUCCUGAAGCUAUUGAAUUCGACGAGCCUCCAGGUGACUGUGAAGAAGAUGAUAACCCAUAUGAUGAGGACAGCAACCCUCCAAUAGUGCUUGAGAACACUUCCAAUGCUCACACCACAGGCACCAUAACCGAAGUCUCCCCCCCUAUGAGCCCCCCGGCUGUUCACAGCAGCAAGCAUCCGGAAGCCAACGCAUCACACACACAGAAAGAGCAGGACUUGAGCUCUCCCGUUAGCGGAGACACCGAUUCCACAGUGAGCAGCAAAGACCCCGAGGACAUCCCCACUUUUGAUGAGUGGAAACGGAAGAUGAUGGAAGUGGAGAAAGAGAAGACUCUGUCCACACACACCUCUAACAAUGGAGGGUCUCAUACAGUGAAGAAAGUCCAGAAAAACUUUAAUAACUACGCCUCAGUGGAGUGUGGAGCCAAGAUACUUGGUGCUAACCCAGAAGCUAAGAGCACCUCGGCUAUAUUGAAGGAGAAUAUGGAUUUGUAUAUGUUAAAUCCUUGCAGCAAUAAAAUCUGGUUCAUUAUCGAGCUCUGUGAGCCCAUCCAGUUGAAGCAGUUGGACAUUGCUAAUUUUGAGCUGUUCUCCUCCACUCCUAAAGACUUUCUUGUCUCCAUCAGUGAUAGAUACCCAACAAACAAGUGGUUAAAGCUGGGAACCUUUCAUGCCAGGGAUGAACGCACAGUUCAGAGCUUCCCAUUGGAUGAGCAUCUUUAUGCUAAAUAUGUGAAGAUGUUCACCAAGUACAUAAAGGUCGAGCUGGUCUCUCACUUUGGCUCUGAACACUUCUGUCCUCUCAGUCUCAUAAGGGUGUUUGGAACGAGUAUGGUGGAAGAGUAUGAGGAGGCUGAUCCUUCAGAGAGAACCGACGAUCAGGAUGACGAUCCAGAUUAUCCUGCUGGAAGCGCACCUGGAGAAGACAAGUCUAAGAAUCUAAUUGGAUCAGCCAAAGAUGCUAUUUUCAACAUGGUGAAAGAUAUUGCUGUCGUUCUUGGGGCUAAUCAAGAGAUUCCAGGAAACCUUUCCUCUCAAGAUGUGAACAUAACUGAAUCACUGCAACCUGCUGAAACCACUGCCAAAGAUAUGACCACUAACCUUUCCUCAGUUCCAGAUGCUGAAGACCAGCAGGGUUUACAGGCCUCUGCAGUUCCUCCCACUGAGACGCCUGCUCCGGACACAUCAACUACUGAUAACUGUGAAGAAAAGCCGCCCCCAGAGGAGGAGAAAAUUGUUAUUCGAUUGGAGAAGGAUGAAGAAGAGCCGAUCAGCCCUACAAUUAUCCUCCUGGAAAAGGAGGAGGAGCUGGAAGAUGAGAAAGACAGAAAGGAUGACCAGAGGUGGCAUAAAGGCCACCUAGAGCUCUGUUCUCCGUGUUGUUCCUCUUGUUCUUGUGUGGCUUCAUUUCAGGAGUUUGUCCAGCUGCAGUGUUCCGCCUCUCUGUCCAAAAAGAGGAAUUGCCAAAUGGUGGACAUAGCUCAGAAAACUCCCCCAAUACAAACACCCUCCUGGCCCCUGCCUCCCCCCACUUCCCUAGAGCCUCACCCCCAUGAGGAUAAGGCAGAUGGAUCCAUUGAAAAAGAGCCAGCCUCAGAGCAGCAGCCAGAUAGAGACACAAUGGAUGCAGAAGCAGCACCACCUUCAGGGAACACAGAGGGAUCUGUGUCUGAGCCCGACAUUCUGGAGCCCAGUCAGACCCCACACCUCCCCAAACCCAGCGCCACGGAGUCAUCUCCUGCCAAACCCACCCCAGUCAUAGAAACACCAGAGUUAUCCUCUGUGGAAGCAAUGCGAGAUUCGGGGCCAGAGGAGAGCCAGGAUGUGUCAACUGAGGGGAAUAUUUUGGAGCCCUCUUCCUCUCUCAGCACCUCUGAGGAGGUGAAGCCCAGCAUCAGCAUCUCAGAGGAAAAGCCCAACAUCGAUCCCUCACAGGCUGAAGUCAAUGCUUCUAUCCCAAUCGUGGAUGAGGCCGAUCAGGCUCCAGUUUUCCCAUCCACCUCCUCCACGAAUCAGCUGGAGUCACCUUCUGGGACUGAAGGUGUCCCGACCUCGUCUGAGGUUCCCCCCACAGCUACAGAUGCCCCCACAGAAGCCGAUCCUGCCAGUACCGUCGCAGAGACUAAAACGGAGGAUCUCACAGAGGAAUUCCCACUGCCAUCAGGAGGCAGCGAUCCGAUGUUCCGUCCUUCUCUUCCAACUAAUGCUUCCCCUACCUCAACAUCUCUCUUAGACAUUUAUGCAGAACCCUUUAAUGGUACAGAGCAGAAUGGAAACCAGGUGCAUGGUUCCAGCCAGAAGGAGUCGGUGUUCAUGAGACUGAACAAUCGAAUCAAGGCCCUGGAGGUGAACAUGUCCCUCAGCGGGCGAUACUUGGAGCAGCUUAGCCAAAGGUACCGAAAGCAAAUGGAGGAAAUGCAGAGAGCUUUUAACAAAACAAUCAUCAAACUCCAGAACACUUCUAGAAUAGCAGAGGAGCAGGACCUUCGUCAGACUGAAUCCAUUCAGAUGCUGCAGGGUCAGCUGGAGAACGUGACUCAGCUGGUUCUCAACCUUUCUGUCCAAGUCAGCCAGCUGCAGAGUGAGGUCUCAGACCGGCAGUAUUACCUGCUGCUCUCUCUCGUGUUGUGCUUGUGUCUCGGCGCUUUGCUGUGCGUCAACCACUUCUGCAUCGCUCUGCCUACGAACACGGAUCCAGAACCACCUGAUGCCAAGAGCCCUUCCUACUGCUUACCUGAAAGGCAGUUUUCUUCCUGCAAUGUGACGGGCUUGAAAAAGAGCGCAUCCUAUCCGAUCAUAAACCCUGAGGCCUUUCAGCUGCCCACAACUGAAGAAAUGCUCCAUGCUGAUAAGAACCACAGCCUUUGUCAAGCAAACAGAAAGAGGAGACGUCGCAGGUUAAAACCUCCGGACCAAGUGGAGACGCUUAAACCCUGCUUUCAUUCUGCUCCUGAACUGUGUAACGGAGCUCUUAGAACCAACAACGGGCCCGUCCCCUCAAACACCGCACCUCUAGUAAAGCAGUUACUCCAACCUACGUUUAGAGACUCGCCGUCAGAGGGAAGCUCUGAAGGAUCCUCUCAUUCUGACGACCCAUUUUUCUGUGGCAUCACAGCGGCCUGCUCCAGAAUGUGCGACGUGCUUCCUCCAGUUAAAACCCGCGCGGAGAAACGGGCCGUAAGACGCAGGCGUCUGAAGCCCAGCUGCGCUGUGGUGGACUUGCUUCACGUUCCUCGCAGGGACAAGAGUGAUCCGGUUACUUUACAGGACAUCAUGAGCAGGAAAACGGAGCACAACUCUGGUCCGUUGGUUCCAAUCCCGGGUCCUGUCUGACUCCAAAAGAGAUUAAAGCUCCUUUUGAAUCUGAACUCUAAGGUGGUUUAGUUUCAGUCGCCCACGGCAGCUCCAACCUUCAUCAGAGAUGAUGUUCUGUUCAUAUCCUGUGCUCUGCCUCUGUCAGUUUCUAUUUAAAUCCUCCUCCCAGCUCUGCAUUAAAGCAUUUUUUCUUUUAUGAAAA